AGCCCUCUCAGCUGAGCCAGCCAUGAGGGUGCGGCUGCCCAGACGCUGCCCCUGGUUUGGCAGAGCGUGUUUUUUCCUCGGGCUCCUGACGGCCGCUGCGUUCUUACUGGAGCUGUCCAUCUCUAGCUUCCAGGAGGCUUCCUCUGGGAGCAGUGGCAACGGCAGGCGAUGGGAGAGGCGCUUCUCGGACAGGGCUGAAAACCCUGAGGAGCUGGCCCGGCCCGUCUAUGAGAAAUCACCCCCGGAUUCCCACGGUCUAGGAGAGUGGGGCAAGCCUGCCCAUCUGCAGCUGAAGCCCGAGGAGAAGAAGCUGGAAGAAGAGCUGAUCGAAAAGUACGCCAUCAACAUCUACCUGAGCGACAAGAUCUCUCUGCACCGCCACAUCCAAGACGGCAGGAUGUCGGAGUGCAGGUCCAAGGCCUACGACUAUCGCAGGCUGCCGACCACCUCGGUCGUCAUCGCUUUCUACAACGAGGCCUGGUCAACCCUGCUGCGUACCAUCCACAGUGUCCUGGAGACGUCGCCCGCCAUCCUGCUGAAAGAAAUCAUCCUGGUGGACGAUUUGAGCGACAAGGUGUAUCUGAAGGCGGAGCUGGAGCGGUACAUCAGCGAUCUGAAAAGGGUCCGCUUGAUAAGAACCCACAAACGGGAAGGGCUGGUUCGGGCCCGCUUGAUCGGGGCGACCUACGCCACCGGGGACGUGCUCACCUUCCUCGACUGCCACUGCGAAUGUGUCCCUGGAUGGUUGGAGCCCCUCCUGCAACGGAUUUCUGAGAACGAGAGCGUGGUCAUUUGCCCGGUUAUUGAUACCAUCGAUUGGAAUACGUUUGAGUUCUAUAUGCAGUCUGCGGAGCCCAUGAUUGGGGGCUUUGAUUGGCGGUUGACGUUUCAGUGGCACUCUGUGCCCGAGUAUGAGCGACAAAGGCGGAAAUCCAGAAUCGAUCCGAUCAGGUCCCCAACCAUGGCCGGAGGAUUGUUUGCCGUGAGCAAGAAGUAUUUUGAAUACCUUGGAACCUACGACAUGGGGAUGGAUGUAUGGGGAGGGGAGAAUCUAGAACUUUCCUUCCGGGUGUGGCAGUGUGGCGGCAUCUUGGAGAUUCACCCUUGUUCCCACGUGGGGCAUGUGUUUCCGAAGCGGGCGCCGUACGCCAGGCCGAAUUUCCUCCAGAACACUGCCCGUGUUGCUGAGGUGUGGAUGGAUGGCUAUAAAGAACAUUUUUACAACAGAAACCCUCCGGCGCGGAAAGAAAACUACGGAGAUAUUUCUGAAAGGAAGCUCCUGAGGGAGCGUCUCAAAUGCCAAAACUUCAAUUGGUAUUUGAAAACAAUAUUUCCUAACCUUCACGUGCCGGAAGAUCGGCCUGGUUGGCAUGGCGCCAUCCACAGUAUGGGCAUCUCCUCGGAAUGUCUAGACUACAACUCGCCUGAACACAACCCUACCGGGGCCCACCUUUCUCUCUUUGGCUGUCAUGGUCAAGGAGGCAAUCAGUUCUUUGAGUACACCUCCAAUAAAGAAAUCAGGUUUAACUCGGUGACAGAGCUCUGUGCCGAAGUUCCCGAGACAAAAGAUUUCGUGGGCAUGAGAUAUUGUCCCAAAGAUGGUUCUGCAAUCCCAGAAAGCAUUCUAUGGCAGUUUAAAGAGGAUGGGACUAUCUAUCAUCCUCACUCGGGGAAGUGCCUUAGUGCUUUUCGUACUCCUGAGGGAAAACCUGACGUACAAAUGAGGACUUGUAAUUCGGCAGAUAAAAAUCAGAUCUGGAGGUUUGAGAAAUAGAAAGGCCUGUGAUCUAGGAAUGCUCCUUCAUGAAGAAUAUGAGUAUUCGUACCCACAGACAUAAC